UUGAACGUGCACGAGACCAGUCAACGCUUCCCUCUGUGUAGUGGGGCAGCAGCAAUGCCAUGCUGUCUUCAGAAGAGACUCAGAAGAAUAAUAUCAUUCUAGAUCUCAAUGUAAGGAGUGAAGGAACCAAAACUCAACCAUGGCCAAGAUCACUGGCUCAAACAUGGACCAUAAUGCUUCUUCUCGUCACCUGUUUGCUGUACUGUGCCAGGAUGGCCAUGCCAGUGUGUGCGGUCGCCAUGGCCACAGAGUUCGGGUGGAGCAAGACAGAGAUCGGUGUAGUGAUGAGUGGCUUCUUCUGGGGCUAUUGCUUCACUCAGAUUGUUGGAGGUCACGUCAGUGACAGGAUUGGUGGAGAGAGAGUUCUGUUGAUGUCUACCAUAGCUUGGGCGUCGAUUGCAACUCUUACACCAGUUUUAACGCACUUGAAUGUCAGCCCCCUGAUCACCAUGACAACGGCCAGAUUCCUCAUGGGACUUUUUCAAGGUGUGCACUACCCAUGUCUGACCAGUGUGUGUGCUCAGCGAGUGGAGGAUGGAGAGAGAGGCUUUGUGAUGAGUAUUAUUGGCUGUGGUUGCCACCUGGGGGUGCUGUCUGUAGGUGGAGUAGGUUCUGUGAUUCUGGAAUGGUAUAGCUGGGAGCCUGUGUUCACCAUAGUUGGGUUCCUCUCCGCCAUGUGGGCUUUCAGUGUGUGGAAGUACCUUUUGAAAGCACCUGCCAGAAUGCCAGAAGUUCCAGAAAUGUCAUCUAACCAUGGGCACCAACUGAGCCCACAGGAAUCGGCAUCUUUUUGGCUGAAACUCUGCAUGGAGCCUGCUGUGCUGUCCAUGGUUUUUGCACAUCUGUGCUUCAGUAGUAGCUAUUACACGCUUAUAUCCUGGCUCCCAACCUUUUUCAAAGAAACAUACCCUCAUGCUAAGGGCUGUGUGUUUAACGUGGUUCCCUGGUUUGUUGCCAUGGUCUCAUCUCUGAUUGGAGGCAGUUUGUCCAGUUACCUCAUCAAAAUGGGAUACAAAACAGUUAAUGUCAGGAAGAUGAUGCAGUUUUGUUCCAUGGGGCUGAGCGGCAUGUUUCUGCUGAUGUUAUGCAGAAACCCCUCCUUCACCUUAGCUGUUGCCCUGGUCUCUGCAGCCGUUGGCCUGGGAACAUUCAACAGCAGUGGUGUGACUGUGAACGUGCACGACCUGGCCCCAUCCUGUGCCGGAGCUCUGUUUGGUAUUAUGAACACCUGUGGUGCUUUCUCAGGUCUCCUGCUGGUCUACUUCUCUGGAUACCUCAUAGAACUCACACAGUCCUGGGCCAGUGUGUUUUUCCUUCUGACUCUGGUGAAUGCGAUGGGUCUCAUAAUGUUCCUGCUGCUUGGAGAGGCGCGCCGCUUGGACUUAUAGGACUGUAACAUGUCACUAUGGACUACUAUGGCUUACAGACACUUACAGAGGAAAUACUGCCAGGCUAGUAUCUAACAUGAAGGUUAUGACAUGGUAAAAAAAGAAAAAAGCAUGAAAUGUUUUCAUAUACAUAUUUUUUUUAAAAAAGAGGGAUUUUUUAAAGUGCAGAUGUAUUAUUGAAAAACAUAUUUAUUGUUAACAGACUACGCAAAUGUAGUCCGGAAUCAUUUGUGCUGUUAUGGACAUCAGUGUUCAAUGCUGUUCUACAUAUCUUACAAAUCCAGCUUGCAGCGCAAUAACUGGUUUUAGCCUGCGAAAAUGCAGGUCUGUCAUAUCCCGCUUUUGUCAGAUGAGGGCAGUAAGGUCUCCAUUUGCAUAUGCAGUGCAUGCAGAUGCAUAUGGGGCAUAUCACACAGGGUUUAUAGGCAUAGACAACUUAUGUGGUAUAUUUAGGUAGUUGCGUGGGCACCGUCCUAGUGAAGGAACAGAUUGAGCACCUCCACAUUGUGGUACCCUCAAAUGUAUUCAACAUGUAU